AUGCAGUCGAUCAAUGUCCCAUCCUCGGCGUGCAACGCCAGCUCCAUCCCAAAUCCCAUCGUAUUCGGGGCCCAGGUUCUGGGCCUUACUGCCACGUUGGUGCAAAACUUCACUCGCGAAGUAUCAGACCAGCUCUAUUAUAACCACCCCUCCAUAUCCGUGCGUAAUGUUGACUACUGCAACGUAACUGUUACGUACACGCACAAAGGUCAGAAUGACACCAUUAACGUUGAGACAUGGCUCCCGUUGAAAGAAUGGAAUGGGCGGCUCCAAGCGGUGGGGGGCGGAGGUUACGUUGCUGGGCGGUUCCCCUUGUCGUACACAGCAAUGGCUGGAGCCUUGGGAGAGGGCUAUGUGACAUCGUCGACGGACGCGGGCCUAGGACUAAACUACGUUCCCGAUUCCUGGGCUCUCAAUAGCCCUGGUAACGUGAAUCUGUAUGCCCUGCAGAACCUUGCUUCUGUGUCAUUGAACGAUCAGUCUCUCAUCGCCAAGGACAUCAUCAAAUCUUUUUACGGGCAGCCGGCCCAGUAUUCGUACUGGAGUGGUUGCUCACAGGGAGGCCGACAGGGGUUUAUGCUCGCGCAACGCUAUCCAGAGGCUUAUGACGGCAUUGCUGCCGCAGCUCCAGCAUUCAAUUGGGCUCAAUUCAUUCCUGCCGCUUCUUGGGCACAAGUGUUGAUGGAAACAACCGGGCAAUUUCCCCCUGGAUGCGAAAUGAACGCCCUCACCGACUCUGCCGUUGCCUUUUGCGAUCUUCUCGACGGUGUCGCUGAUGGUUUGCUCAGCGACCCUGAUAAAUGCUCCUUCAAUCCUUUCUCGAUGGUUGGCAGCACGCUCAAUUGUACCUCAACUGGUAAGAACGUCACCAUAAGCAAAGCAGCCGCAGCCAUUGCGAACGCUACAUGGACUGGCCCUCGAGACUCAGAUGGUCGGUUUCUUUGGCACGGCGUUGACUACCAAGCUCGGCUGACGGGAUCUGACGCCCCAGCGGGUACCACUUCUGAUCUGGGUUAUGCAUCAACGUCAUGUAAUACGAAUGGUACCUGUUCCGGAGCACCCACUGGACUUGGAGAGGCCUGGUUGAAGUUUCACAUUCAAAAAGAUCCUCAGUGGAACUAUACACUGAUCAGUUCGAUUGAUGAAUACGCGCGUCUGUUCCGGGCCUCUGUGCAGCAGUAUGAAUCCAUCAUUGGAACUGCAGAUCCAGACCUGUCCAACUACCGUAAUGUUGGUGGAAAGAUUAUCACGUACCAUGGCUUGGCUGAUGGGCUCAUUCCAAGCAAAGGAACAAGCGACUACUACCGUCGUGUGAUGAACCUAGAUCCCAAAGUCGGAGAUUUCUUCCGCUACUUUGAAGUCCCGGGACUAGGUCAUUGCUCCGGUGGCUCGGGAGGGCAACCAACGGCGACAUUCCGCGCGCUGGUUGACUGGGUUGAGAAUGGUAUUGUCCCUGAGACACUUCCCAUUGAGUUCAAUGAUACGGCUGGAAGGAAGUACGAGAGGUUUCUGUGCCCUUAUCCAAUGCAGACACGUCUUGUGUCCAAACAUAGGGACUCCACGAAGCCAGAGUCUUAUCGAUGCGCUCUCUAA